AAAAAUCGAUAAAAAGAAUAAGAUAAAAGUGGGUAAAAAAAAUUCCGCCACCGUUCGGCGAGGUUUCAGCUUUGUGCGGAGAAAUUGAGGAUAAUGGCGGACAUUUCGAAGCUCUUCUCCUUCUCUUGAAAUUACACUCUUUCACCAACUGUUUAGCUAACUAACUUUAUUCAUUCAUUCUUCUCGAUUUUGCCCCCCGUUUUUCCCUCUAUAUUUAUUUUUUCUCCAGCUCUCGCUCGCUUUCUGAUUGUCGAUUUGAAAAAAAAUCUCUUCCUCUUCCAAUGGAGUCCUCCGCUGUUCUCGGAUCAUUUCACCAUCAUGAUAGGUCCCUUCAACAAUAAUCAAUGCUCAAACCAAAAGGAGUAAAAAAGAUAUCUUUAGGAAUUUGUGUGGAAGCUAAUUUUGGAAGUUAUUUUAGAGAUGUCUUAUUUUUCAGUUUCCUUAUUUAGAUAGAAGUAUAUGAUUGGCACAUUAUCCUAUUCUAAAAUCUAACCAACCCUCCCUAAUUUUGGAAGAUUUUGUUUGGAGAAGUUAGAAAGGAGCUUGAUCAUUGACCGGUUAUUGCUAAUGUUUAGGUUUAAAAAAAUGUAGAAGAGUUCUUUAAUUGGAACUGAGAAAAGCGCACCUUUGGAUGAAGGCUUGUGUUGUAGGUGCCUACAAAUGAUGAUACCUUAUACGAAGUGUGGCUACUAUAUCCCGUUACGUGUGGUGAUGUGGGGGAGACAUCCAAAAACCCGGUCAUUACAGUUUCAGCAGUUGAAUGUUUAUUCCUUAGUUCUUUUAGAGUUUUUGACUUCAGAUAAUUUGCAAAUUCUGUAUGCGCUGUUUCACAAGCACCUUGCUCACUCGAAAGGCCUGGUACUGUUUGUAUGUAUUCUGGCGGCUGGCCCGCUUCAAGAAAAUCAUGUCUCUCAGCCUUGAUAUUUGGCGAGAAGAACCGUUUUCCAAAACAACAAAUUGUAACUCUAAUAUCAUGCAUGAAGACACCUGAAGCUACUGUAACAGUUCCUUCUGAUAGCUCCAAAAAAGGCUCAUUGGAGAAGAAAACUUCACCGACUGCAACUUUUCCAAAUGGAUUUGAGGCAUUGGUACUGGAGGUAUGCGAUGAGACUGAGGUUGCUGAGCUGAAAAUGAAGAUUGGAGACUUUGAAAUGCAUUUGAAGCGCAAUGUUGGUGCCACAAAAGGUCCAUUGUCUAACAUUUCGCCUACAACAGCUCCACCAAUCCCAACUGUACCAAUGAAUGAAUCAGUUGCUGCUGCUCUACCUCCUUCACCACCGAAACCCACUGCAGAGAAGGUUACCCCAUUCAAAAAUAUCAAUGUCGGGAAGUCAUCCAAGUUAGCUGCCUUGGAAGCUUCUGAAUCUAAUAACUAUGUUCUCGUACCAUCUCCCAUUGUUGGCACAUUCAGAAGGGGAAGAACAGUUAAAGGAAAGAAGCAACCUCCCAUCUGCAAAGAGGGUGAUUUGAUCAAAGAAGGACAAGUAAUAGGAUUCUUGGAUCAAUUUGGUACCGAACUUCCUGUUAAGUCGGAUGUUGCUGGAGAAGUCUUAAGGCUCCUCUUCAAUGAUGGAGAUGGCGUUGGUUAUGGAGACGCUCUUAUUGCAGUCUUGCCAUCAUUCCAUCCCAUCAAUUGAUCUCUCCAGCGUAUCUAUGGUACCUUUUUGCAGAGAUUAUGUCCUUUUCUCCUCACAUUCUUGCAUUUGUUCUGUAUUUUGAUGCCAGCAGGCACAAUGUUGAUGUAGCUGGUGAUAUUUGUAAUUAAUGUUGCCAGUCAGUUAAAUUCCCAGGAAAUUAUGGAAUAAUUGUUUAAGAUCCAGCAUAGGCUUAUCAAUUGUAUCAGUUAAACUUUAUUAUCAUCAAUUUUUGUAUACUAAGCUUUCAGACAUUUUUGCAAUUAUGAGAGAGCCCUGUCUGAGUCUGGUUUGCACCAAAA